AUGUCUGGACGUGGUAAAGGAGGCAAAGUUAAGGGAAAAGCAAAGUCCCGAUCAAACCGUGCUGGUUUACAGUUUCCAGUAGGUCGUAUUCAUCGUCUGCUGAGAAAAGGGAAUUAUGCCGAAAGAGUUGGUGCCGGAGCUCCUGUAUACUUGGCAGCUGUAAUGGAAUAUCUAGCUGCUGAAGUUUUGGAAUUGGCAGGAAACGCAGCGAGAGAUAACAAGAAGACCCGUAUAAUUCCUAGACACUUACAGUUAGCUAUAAGAAAUGACGAGGAAUUAAACAAAUUGCUUUCAGGAGUUACCAUCGCCCAAGGUGGAGUAUUGCCCAAUAUACAAGCAGUAUUACUACCCAAGAAGACCGAAAAGAAAGCUUAA